UGGCGAAGUCGGCGCAAUGCAAAAGUGACGUGUAUAAAUAUAAAAUAAAUGUAAAAUAACUCAAUCAAUCAGUAGUUUCUCUUGUAUUUUCCCAUCUCGAGACACUUCAUUACCCAGCGUUACCUGGGAGUUUUGACGUCAUUUAGAUGAAAAAAAUGGCGGCGGGCAGCAGCUCAAACGUGAACGAAAAUAUUCCCGUUUUUGAGUAUAAAGACAUAAACACCAAACCAUUCCACGUUGGCUCAUUCAGAACCGCAUGGCUUGAGAAAUUGAAACCAAUUGACUAUUCCUACGAGGAUAAAUACGAAGAGACUGAAGAUGCCGACUUUGCAAAGGAAAUGGGAAUCGCACCAGAAACGUUGGAUGAACUGAAAGCUAUCUGCAGCGUUGACAAUCUUCGGUGUCAAGCUGAAGACGAGCCUCUUGACACCAACGUUGUGCCACCUGACCCCACUCUUCAAACACUAAUACAGAGGAAGAAGAAGCAGGAUUACAAAGGCACCCUGAGGAUCGAUAAGAUAAGCAGAGUUGACCACUACCAAGACGAACUGGAGAGCCUAGCGGUGGGGAAAAGGCCUGAGGACCCUGUUGACUUGGUGCCAGAAGGGGAGAUCAUUUUGAGCAUCAACGUUCUCUACCCAGCCAUAUUUGAAAGAUUUAAGUAUGUGAGGCCCCACAUGACCCUUCAGAUGCUGGGCUCCCAUAGUCUGGUGGACCUGAGGGACGCUAUCUGCUGUAUCAGCGACCUGCAGGUCUUUGGAGAGUUCAGCAACACGCCCGACAUGGCACCGGACUUCAUCAGCAAGGAUCACUUCAAAUCCGCCUUCUUCUACUUUGAAGGGGUCUUCUACAAUGACAUGCGUCACCCUGAGUGUCAGGACAUGAGCGAGACCACCAUUGAUUGGGCAAAGACCAGAGACUUCCCCACAUUCCACAAGGCCAAGAUGGAGGACACCAGAUUCUACGACCUGAAGGUGAAGGUGGGCUACCCCUACCUCUUCUGUCACCAGGGAGACUGCGAGCACGUUGUCAUCAUCACCGAUAUCAGACUGGCUCAUAAGGAUGACUGCCUGGAUAGGAAGUUGUACCCUCUCCUUACCCACAAGCACAGGGUCAUGACCAGGAAGUGCGCCGUGUGUCACGUCUACAUCGGCAGAUGGUUAACCACAAAUGAUCCAUUUGCCCCAAAUGACCCGUGUCUCUUCUGUGAGCGAUGCUUCCGCAUGCUUCACUACGACAAGAAAGGAAACAAACUAGGACAGUUCCUGGCCUACCCUUAUGUGGACCCUGGGGCCUUCAACUGAGACGUCCCGUUUCUCCCUCCUACUGCUGUGCAGUAUUAGUAAUGAUAACAAUAUGAAUGGCGACCUCAGUUCUGAUGAUAAGAAGUAGGAGUUGGACAAGGAGAAGCCUGCUGAAGAGGCCUCUACAGGAGAUAACAGCAGGCAAGACAGACAGAUGAACCAUAACCACAACCGUACAUGUCACUGCCUGAGCCCUGGGGGUCCUGCUGCUGGAGUAGGAGCAUCUUCUCAGCUUUGGUCUUCCUGCCUCGCCUCUUAGGAGUGGGGCCCUCUCCAUCUGGACACACACAGGUCAUAGAGUUUGUAGUUAUGAGUCAUCAUCAGUUAUCAUAAUGAGGGGGGACACUACUGUCCCAGUACAGAGGAGCACUAUGCAAGCUGUUUUCCAUGACUUUGGUUGUUGUUUUACCCUUUGACAAAACAAUAGAGUGCCUGGGGUAGGUCUGCUGUCUUGCACACAGUGGGAAAGGUAGAGGGUUGCAUUGACAGACACUGUACCUAGAGGGCUGGAUGUGGGACUGUUGGCAGUGUCCUCUUUCUCAGAGUCAGCCUCUACAUCACUCUGACAAGAGACACAAGACAGCGAGUUUAGGUUCAAGGUGAUUCACAAGUUGUAUUAUGUCUAGAUUAGGUGAAUUAAUGUUAUACUUCAGCAAUAAGGCCCGGGGGGGUGUGGUAUAUGGUCAAUAUACCACGGCUAUGGGCUGUUCUCAUCCACGACGCAACACAGAGUGCCUGGACACAGCCCUUAGCCAUGGUAUAUUGUCCGUAUACCACAAACCCCAGAGGUGCCUUAUUGCUGUUAUAAAAACUGGUUACCAACAUAAUUAGAGCAGUAAAAAUAAAAUAUUUUGUCAUACCCGUGGUAUACGGUCUGAUAUACCACGGCUGGGCUGUCAGCCAAUCAGCAUUCAGGGCUCGAACCACCCAGUUUAUAAAUGAGGAUAUGGGAUACCUUUUUCUUCCUUCUUCUCUUGGGUUUGGGAGUGUCUGUAGAUUCAUUUGGUGUGGGGUCCUAGAAAAAACAGACAGAGAGGCUGUCAAAUAGAUUGGCACACUUUGCUCUUCACAAUGCAGUGCAAUGGAGUAGAAUGUUCUGCUUUUCUAUUAAAUUGCUAUUUUUACCCUGUAGGCACAUGAAACUUCGCACAGGUGAGAAAUUACACAAUAAAAACAAGAAUCAUUGGCUCCAAACAAAUUAAUUUGAUCAAUUUAAUCCAAGCCAUUAUUUUACUUUGAAGUUAGAAAUCUUAAUGUAUUUAUUUUUUGUCAUGUACAGUUGUAAAAUCAAACAAAUACACGUGUAAACACCAACAUAUUUUUCAAUUUGAACUUAUUUUAGAAUAAAUAGUAAAUCAUACAAAGGUGCCAAUAUAUUUGACUGCAUUUGAUUUGUAAUAAUUCCCUCCCAACUGUCCUUGCCAUAAAAUAAGGGGAAGUUGUGUUUCAGCCACAUCUAGUGGAUUACUGUGGUAUUACACCUACCAAGUCAGCAGGCAAGAGUCUAGUUUCCAUGUUCCAGAACAGUUCCUAUCAAAUGAAGGAUCAGUCAUUGGCGCAAGAGAGCAACUUACCUUUCUCCAGAGCGACAUAGAAUGCCAUGCAAAAAUAAAACAUAAAUACGUUGCUUUAACUGAUAAGAAUUGCUGUAGUUCAGCCCACCAAUUAAAAGCUUGAUAAAAACACCACAAGGAGUGAGGGAGCAACACGUGCCACUGAUCAACAAUCAGGCCUCAGCGCCUGAGUCAGUAAAACAGUCUAGUACAUCAAACCUUUAGGAGGUGGGAAGGAAAGGAACAUGCAUUCAGGUCAUGCAAAUUACAUUUAACAUACCACAUCUAAUUCACAAAAACAUUUACCCAUUUAUUUACGUAUUUAUGGUGAAGGACCACUCUCACUAAACACAACAUUUGCGUGAUCCCCCAUAAUGAGAGCCCAGGUUUGUUCAAAAUGAACGACAGUGGUUAUUUUAAGGGCACAAUCACACCAAUAUCCAUGGUAUAUUAAACUUACAGGCUGUAACACAGGUACUGAAAACUCCUCUCUCUUUGCCCUGCCCUCUCACCAUUCACUACAGGGAAAUAACCCUCCAUAGCCCUGUAGUUCAGUGGUACAGUUGUAAAACACUCAAAAUACCAUCGUUACCAACAGAAAAACCAGGCUAGCUAAGAAACAGAGGGAGGAUACGGCGCCAAACCAUCACCUUAAGGCUUUGCAACGGUAGUCGUGCUAACGUGGUAACACGGUUGCCUAGCAAUAGGAACAAAAUAACACCACCUAUAAAAGGAAAGUCACCAGGUGCCACAUCAUGCUUUCCCUAAGUGGGGUGGGAGGGUCACCUAUCCCAUCAUGCAACAGUACGUACAUCCUGGCCCUGGGGCUGUCCCUGUUCAGAGACCUGCAUGCCCCCAUCCUCCUCAUCAUCCUCCUCCUCCUGUCCAGCCUCACUCUCAGCCCCCGACACCUGUGUAACCAUAUCAAAACACACAGGGCCCAGGGUAUGGGGGGUUAGGUUAGUUAUUUAGUGGGGCCAAUUGACAGCUAGACAGAGAGAGAAGUUGGGCCCCGUCUCUCCCUUGAAUUCAGUCCUUCGCUCCCAGACAAUUCCACACGUAAUUGGGAUUCAGCUUGGACAAACAACUCUGGUCAAGUACUAGUAAUAUACCCCACAAAUAACAUUUGCCAAUUCAAGAUUUGCCUCCUGGGGUAUUAAGACACAAAGCACGGUACCAUUGGCAAAAGGAGACAACAUCAACAGCAGACAGACACAUUGGUACAAGAGCGCACGGCAUUUAAUGUUACGUAGGCGUGGUGCUUGUCAAGAAAGUGAGGUUAGUCAGUAUUCUAUGGUGUUCACGUGAAUAACACAGUAAAAGUCCAUAUAAAAAUAAUGACCUAUGAAUUAAGGUAGAUGGUAGAAUAGUUAGCCUACUUUGGGUUUCUUCCUCUUCUCAUAAUCUCCCUCCUCGUCCCCUUCCGGGUUACUGUCAGAGUCCUUCUCCGUUACGUUAUCCGACAGCAUCAUUUGCUAAUGGAAAAAAACAACAUGUUACUAAAAAUAAAAAAAACAUUCCUAAAUCAGAGACCGAGGAACAGACUACUUUAACCCCUAAACCCAACCUUAAAGGGGAAAUCCACAUUUGAAACAAUAACAAAAAGGCGUCACUUGUUUUGGUAAACAGCUGAGGGAUGGGCCUUGAGAAAUAGAAUAUUACUGCUCUUGCAUUCAUAGGCAGAACUAUGGAUGCAAGGACUGACCAUCCAUGAUAUCCAAAUUAUAGAUUUAACCACAUAUUUUGAAGCUAUAUACAGUGUUUGUUUACAUUUGACUUUGUUUUUUUAAAUGUUGAGUUAAACAAGCUUAUAUUCUGGGUUCUGAUGGGGUAUGACACUUGAACUAAGCUCAUGAGGCAUUUAUAAGUUAUAUUCGUCAAGAAUCAAUGGCUAUAUAUCAUUCAUUUAACAAAAAUUGAUGUAGCAAUAGUAGAUUGCCCCUUUAACCAUUAGGGCAACCCCCAACAUAGAGAACUCCAGGGUCAUGUUCAUUUGGCACUAAAUUGAUUAAUGUACCGAUUGUUGGGGGAGCUAGCACAUAAGUAUUUCAUUGCACCGUUUAUACCUGCUGUAAACUGUGUACGUGACAAAUAAAAUAAGAUUUGAUGGGUUAGCUAAAAUGCUACAGUUGUCCCUGACCCGACUCUCAACGUGCGACGUAGACGGUCGCGGAUUAGGCCCCUCAUCCUCCCCACUUUUGUUUCUGUCUAAAGUAACUAGACCAUUAACAGGCAUCAUACAGUACGUCUUAGAGGUGCUUAGAAAUACGUAAAGUACUUUUCAUAUGGCUCUGAGGCCAGGCUGAACGCUCACAUUCACUUUCUGUUGCAUAACAUCUUCCGUUUGUGCCCUAAUGAACACGAACCAGAGCAACAUGACAAAAGAGAGGAGAUAAAACAAACCGUCUCUCCAUUCAGCUCCACCUUUGGGUUGUUCUCAACCUCCCACAGGCCUUCGUUGAAGCCCUUUCUCUUGUUAGGCUUGGCAUACUUCUCCUUAUUGGGCAGGUAGGGAUAUAUAUCUUUGGGGCCUAGGAAUGCACUGCAAUAGAGGAGGAAAGUCAAUGCAUAGAUGCUUUUCUGGUGCUCAAACUGAUGUUUGUAUAUUGUACACAAUGCCAAUAUCAAGUACUGGUGUAUUGUUCAGAUAGAGGGUGUAGUGUAUUGUAGUAUAGUGUAUGGGUGAGACAAAGGGAACUACUGUAGCUCACUUCUUACGUUUCAUGGGUACCAAAGAAAAAGAUGGGAAACUUCAUGUUGGCCGGCUUCACAGCUCCAUCAGAGUAGUCAUUAAUCUGGUAGAAAGGGAAAGAGCAGUGAAUUGAUUA